GGUUACAUCCAGCUUGUGCACACAAAAGAGUGGCAUCGCCCUUUAAAUGAACCAUCCAAUGACACCGAGGCUCGUGCGUCGCCUCCACUCGUCUGACAGCACAGUGACAGAAGACCGAGGGGAUGAGAUUCGUUUCUUCAGAGCUGGAGAUGCUUCCAGCGCCGUCUGGGUACACGUCAAACAACAAGCCCAGCAUAUGUCCUUUUAUUUCUUUACAGAGAGGACAAUGAUACGAACAUGAUCAGGGCCGAUGGCUUCUCAAAAUGCGAGGCAACUCUGCAAGAGAGAGGCAGCAGCAGCAGCAGCAGGAGGAGGCCCCCUGCAGAGAUGCUCCAUCUUCUGUCCGCUGUUAUCGUGUGGCUGGUGACGGGAACCACCAUCUCCAGCCUCAACAAAUGGAUAUUCGCCGUGUACAACUUCAGGUACCCUCUGCUGCUGUCAGCGCUGCACAUGCUGACCGCCAUCGUGGUGGACUACGGGCUGAUCAAGCUGCAGGUGAUCCGCCACAAAGGCGCCGUGGACCAGGACCUGACCCCCAGUGCCAAGUGUAAGGUGUUCUUGUUGAGUCUGACGUUCUGUGCCAGCAUUGCUUUCGGAAACAUGGGCCUGAACCACGUCCAGCUGUCUUUCGCACAAAUGAUCUACACCACCACGCCGCUGUUCACCUUGGCCAUCUCCACGCUGAUCCUGGGCAAGCAGCAUCACAUCCUCAAGUACACGGCCAUGAUGCCCAUCUGCCUCGGGGCCUCCUUCAGCAUCAUGGGAGAAGUCCAGUACGAUCAGGCUGGCUGCAUCUUUGUGUUCGCGGCGACCAUGUUGAGGGGCGUCAAAUCCAUUCAGCAGAGCAUCCUGCUUCAGGAGGAGAAAAUCGACUCUGUGUUCCUGCUCUACCUGAUGUCCAUUCCUAGCUUCUGCAUCCUGGCCGUGGCCGCCCUGGCCCUGGAGAACUGGGCCCUGCUGGAGUCGCCGCUCCACUACGACCGCCGCCUGUGGCUCUUCAUCCUGCUCAGCUGCCUGGGCUCGGUCAUGUACAACCUGGCCAGCUGCUGCGUCAUCACGCUCACCUCGGCCGUCACCCUGCACAUCCUGGGCAAUCUGAGCGUGGUGGGCAACCUGCUGCUGUCUCAGCUGCUCUUCGGCAGCGAGCUGUCCGCCCUGAGCUGCGCCGGCGCCGCGCUGACGCUGUCGGGCAUGCUCAUGUAUCAGAACUCUGAGUUCAUCGUCGGCUUCGUGGCCGCCCGCCGGGCCAGAGGCGGGAAGCGUGCGGGGGGGGAUGUCCCGCCCGCCGCCGCCGGCGCGGGGGGGGGCUCUGGUGAAGCCGGCGCUUCUGAGCCGGCGCGUCAGCGGAGAGCGGACGAGAAGCCGGGCGACAAGGCGGACUAAAGAGGUGAAGGAGGAGAUCGAGCUCUUGAUGGACGAGGUGAUUGGAUUUUCUGGCAAUGACUUCAGCGGCGAUGGUGCGAUGGAUCCUUUCUUAUUUAUUUUCGUUUUACUAUCUUUUAACUUCCUCACUGUGCCGGUUAAUUUCUCCUCGACUCACACAGAGAAGAAGAAGUAGCCUUUAACUGUCCCGCGGAUGGGAAACGUUCUCUCCUUCAUCUGUAAAUCCCUCAUACAUGGCCUUUGGCGGUAUAUGCACGCACAAGCACACUCUGAACUGUUUGGACACCUCGCGAGGUGUAUUCUUACUGUCACUCAUACUACACUGUGAAGAUGUCCUGAUUGACAGAGGGCUCUGAUCGAUGUGUCGUGAGGCUGCAAGGCGCCUCGGAAAGCCUUCCACCUCAAAUCUGAACUGGCACAUUUUGCAUAAAACGAUAUUUAUUAGUGUAACGUGACAUUCACCCUGUUAUGCCAGGAGACCGGGUUUUGGGCAGCUUCUUUUGUUUUUGGUGUUUUCAUCGAACCAGUAAACUUACGGUAGACAUUUUUUUUGAGGAAGAAGAAGAGAUGUCUCUUUUCCUCUACUGAAGCACAUUUUUAAAGGCUGGAAUUUUGUUCUCAGACAACUCAAUUAGUCAAAUUAUUCUUAUUCUAUCUUUUUACAGCCAGGAAUCACUGCAGCUUUUCUUGAUAAUUAGGUUCACGGGUUCUCUAAGGAGUGUCAACUCAACUAUAGCAGUCUUUUCCCCUGUGGAGGUGAUGAGGAAAAAGAAGAUCAAGAUGUCCUUUUACGGUUGCAUCUUAAAUCCCAGCCAAUCUCAUCUGUUUUAUGUUCCCUUUCUGUGGGAGACUUUUUAUUCUACAAGAUGAUUAUUUUUGUUCUUAUGACAAAACGCGUUUUAUUCCCUUUCUAAAAAAAACGAUUUCAUCUUUUGGACUAUAGCAGUCACAGGCAUUUUCAUGCUGUAGCUUUUGGUCCUAGAGUGUCCUGUACAUGCAUACAUGUAUUAUUAGUCGGCACACGAUACUCUGUCUUCUCUUUUCAGAGAAAAGUUGUGUCUAUUAUGCAGAAGACUGCAUGUCGCUGCCUCUGAAAGCAUCUUCAUGAUCAAGGAUGUCCGUUACUGUGCACUCCCUCCUACAUUUAUCCUUUGCCAAAUGUCAGAAAGCUUUUCUUUCGGUCAAACUGUGUCAAAAUACUGGUUCCAGAUGUGAUCAUUUUUCACAUCCGAGCUCUUACAAGACUACGAAGCCAUACAUCUUCUCCUUUUUUUCAUUUAACUUUAAACACUUUUUUCCAGAAAAUACCUUUUUUAUGUCGGAUUGUACGCUGAAAGAGUUUACUUGACGGUCCACUUAUGUAAUCUUUCCACGGUGCAUUCAUAAUAUAACACUCAGAAACAUCAUGUAUGACCCCAAGAUGCUUUUUUUCCCCUGUUUCACACAGUCUUUAGAAAUAGUGCGAGGAAAGGAAUAAAACGGGUUUCGGUUGCAGUUUGAUAAACUCCGUUGCUGGUUUGAUAUUACAAACUCAAUUACAGGUUUUAAGAUUACGUACAGCGGGUGAUUUCACUCGUUUUACAUUAUUGAAUACCUCAGCUGUUAAAUGCGACUUGUUAUGCCCUUGUUAUUAACUAUUGGACUAAGAUCCAGCAGCUUUUGCAAAACUACAAUUAACCGCAGCAUGCGACUGAUUCUGUCUGCGUUCAGUAACAAGCAGAAGUUAACAUAUUUUACUACAUGAUUAUUAGGAAAAUGAUAGGAACCCAGUUGUAUCUCAUUUAAACGAUGACGCGCUGGUGGAAGUUUGGCUGCUUUUUCUGGUGGAUAAUGUUGAGUUGAUGAAGAGUGAGGGGCAAAGAAACUGUUGCACUUAAAAGGUAGAAAGAGGCUUCCUUCGAGGCCCACGCUUCCUGUGUACAUACUGGUUUAGUUGUUUGCAAAGCUAUUUUGGUGUAAAUAGUUGUUUAUGAUAAUGUAUUUUAUAGUUAUGUGGCUGGUUUUAACUAUACUGAUUUAAAAAAAAAACAUUUGCCUCAUGCCUUAUUUGGACAUACUGUAGAUAAGAAAAGAGGGAAUUUAUUUAUCAUUUUUUGAAUUUUUCUUGAUUUAUACUUUGCCAAAAGCAACUGCAGGUGCUUCUUUUUCGGGGGCAAAAAUAUGGGUGAUUCAUGUACACAUGAUCUGCAAUUGCUUGAAUAAAAAUAAUAAUAAACAAUUACGAUACUAACCAAGUCAAUAAUUCAAUUAAUUUCGUUUAGCCCAAAAUCACAUCUUUUCCUCAGAGGGCUUUAAUUUCUGAAAAACAUGCGACCUCCUCUGUCCCGGGACACUCACAUGCAGCACAGAACAAACCCACAAAAACAGUGGUUAAUGACAUAUGAAGAACCCUGAGGGAGAGCAGCGGAGGAGGGUUCCCCUCCCCCAGGAUGGCCAGACGUGUUACUGAUGCCACGUAUACAGAAUGACCUUAUACCUUUGUUUAGUAGGUUUUUAUUUUUUUAAACUUGUUAACAGUCAUUUUAGUAGGAAGCCACUUUGAAGUAGUUGCGCGUGUUCACCACCUGGGGGAGCAGUUUCUUCUGCUCUCCGAUCUGUUCCAUCGUUCCCUAAAUCGGCCUGAACUGUUAAACUCUAAACAAUCUGAAGCUGAAGUGUAUUUUGCUAUUGGUCUUUUCUUCUAGAUUCCUUUCUGUGUGUGUGUGUGUGUGUGCUUUUCUGUUCUCACUGGUAAAAGAUUCCUCUACUUCUGUAAACACUGUUCAGCCUUUUGCCUGAAUAAGGCAGUGCUCCUCACUUCUCCCCCCCCCUACUUAACUCUUUGUUUCCCAGCCAAAAGAGUCUCCUGCUUCUCCCUCCAAACCAAAUGUUGCCAAGUGUAGUACUGUGGUGUUAGUCACGACAGUUCGGUGCCGUGAAGCAUCACCUGACAUGACCCAGGGGUCUGUGACAGGGCAAGGAGAACCUCUCCUGAGGGCGACAGAGACUUCUCCUCCUCCUUCCCAUCCUGGAUGGUUCGCGCAUGCAACCUCCACUUGCUCUCCGGACUCGUAUCCUCGCGAAGCGCUGCGGUGUGAGGUCAAAG